UGAUCGGCGUUCCAUACAUUCGCGCAUGCGAACUAGGUGAUUCGCCAGCAGCAAGUCGGCUCCAGCCAUAGAGCUCCAGCACCGCGAGUCGCCAUCAACAGAAAUAUCCAGCUAGCGAGAUACCUAAGACUAAACACGGCAUGAGAGUAGCUUUGUAAUGUAUUCUGGCCUUCUUAUUGAAUAUUCCUAGUUAAAGCAAUGUGGUCAAAUCAACAGUGGCAGACACAGUGGGGCUCCCAGGCCCAACAGCAUUAUCAAGCUAGCCAAGAAACUGACUGGGCAGCUCUUGCCCAACAAUGGAUUCAGCAGAAAGAAGCAAUUGAUCAAGCAGUUGUAAUUGCAGCCAACCAUAACACUCCAAGAUCCCAACCAGGUGGUGAUGGAAGGAUGGAACCUUUUGGAUGGUUAGGCUGGCAGCCUCCUCCUCCAGCUAUUGAAACGUACGACUAUGAUCAUGGGAGCAACAAUUACAAAUCAGCAGAUCAGCAUGGCGGCAGUCCUCAAUGUUUCGACUACAACCAUCAGUCAGCAGGGCAGGAGCAGAGACCACCACAUGGACCACCACUGCUGCCAGAACCAGUACCACCCGGCAUUCAUGAUCCUACUGUACCACCUCCAAUGAUGCCACCAACACCAUUGCAACAUGAGCUACCGCCACCAAUCCCUCGAGAGCAAAUGCGCUUCAGACAGCAUGAGUCUUCACAUGCUGACUGGAUACCUGACCAAGAAUCCCUUCCACCACCUCUUCCUCCUCACCUUCAACAGCCUCCUCCUCAUCAUCAUCAGAUACCACCCCAUCAUCAGCUGCCUCCUCCCUUGCCACCUCCUGAUCUUCACCAAUUUCCUCCUGUUCAUCCUCAACAUCACCAUCAGCCAAGUGCAUCUAGAAUGAGGGAUGAUGCCCCAUUCCAUGGGCAACCUCCUGGAUUUUACCCCAGCGAACAAGAUAGUCGAUCAAUUCCAGAAGAAGAGGAAGCAGUCAUAGAUGCGAACAAACGGAAGAGUCUACCAGCCUGGAUCCGAGAGGGACUUGAAAAAAUGGAGAAGGAGAAGCAAAAGAAGUUAGAGAAAGAAGAGCAAGCCAGACUGAGAAAACAGAAAAUGGAUGAAGAAAAACAGGUUGAGCAAGAUACAGAGAAUCAGGCUCGUAUAGCGGCUGGCUUGCCACCCAAAUCAAAAUAUGAUGAUGAUGAUGAUGGUAGUAAUAUAAGUGGAGAAGAAGAUAAUGUUAAAGAUAAGGAAAGUGGUCCAGUUGUUGAAGGGGAGGAAGUGAAACCAAAGAGACCAUCUUCAACAUCAUCCGUAUCAGAUGAAGUUGAAGAAGAUGAACCAGAAAUGACAGAGGAAGAGAAACAAAGGGCUUUGUUGAUGAAAAUACGUCUCUGGCUUACUGAAAUACUCCUCGAUGUUACAAGCAGUGAAAUCCAUGAUGUUGUGGAAGAGGUUUACCAGAAAGCCUCAAGUCGGUCUUCCAAAGCUUCAGCCAGGCAGAUAGCACACUCCACAGCACUUGCUUCCAUAUCUGGUCUUGGUACUGGAGGCUACAGCAGUAGUGGUGAAAGUGGAGAUGAGAACAAAUGGGGCAAAACAGAUGAAGAUGAAGAGACGAGUGAUGAGGAACUACAAAUUAGCAUUCGCAAAAAACAAAGAGCAUGGAAAGAGAAAAUUUUGCAAGAAAGAAUUGCACUAGAGGCGGAAGAAGAACGAUUUCGUCAACAACAGGAGAUAGCCAACAAGAUUAAAGAUAGGGAAACUAAUCCCAACACUAAUGAUAAACAUGCAAUUCCAUUUUUGGACACCAAAGAUACCUCCAUCGAAACUGUCAAACAAGAUGAUGUCAGUGAGAGAGAUGAGAGUAAAUAUGAUGAUGAAAAGAGUCUAGAAAAGAAAAAUGAAAUUAAUUUAAAAGAUGAAGAAUUGACUAAUAGGCAAAAGAGUAAAAAAAAACGUUCAAGAAGCAAGGAGAAGAGCGAUAGGAAAAAAGAUAGUCAGAGAAAGAAAAGCCGUCAUCAGAGUCCCUCAAGAGAUGGGCGUAGGCGGGGGAGAUCAUCUAGUUUGGAGGAUUCUAGGAGGAGAAAGCAUGAGAAUACAUCCGAUAUCCGGGAAAGUAGGAAAAGAAAAAGCCGCUCUAGAAGUAAAGAUAAUAGAAAGAGUAGAUCACAAAGUAGAGAUAAAAGAAUCAAGAGACGACAUUCUAGGUCAAGGAGUAAGGAGAGAAAAAGUGUUAGAAAACGUAGUACAUCACAAAGUAGAGAAAGGAGACGGAAUAGUAGGUCAAAAAGUAGGGAUAGGAAAAAUGACAGAAACCGUAGUAGAUCUCGGGGUAGGGUUAGAGAAUGGCGCAGUAGAUCACAUAGUAGAGAAAGGCGGCGACAACAUAGAGAUAGAAAAAGCGAUAGAAAAGAGAGGAGGCGAAAACGAUCAAAGAGUCUUGAGUUAAAAAAGGAAAGAAGACAGAAGAAUAGUAGAUCAAGCAGCAGUGAUAGUAAUGCGAGUUCAGAGGUAAAUGGGCAGGGCAGUUCUGAUCUUAACAAUUUAGAUAGCUCUUCUAAUAGUUCUAAUGAAAACCGAUUUAAUACUUGGCAGGUGAGAUCAGAGAGUGAAGAAAGCAGGAGUGAUAAGAAAAGUUUGAAAAGGAGUAAAAAAAAGAAAAAGAAACGGUCACAUGAAGACUCAGGCUCUGAGCAUUCUUCUGCUGAUGAAAGGGAAACGAGUAAACGAUCUCAGAAAUAUGAUAAAAAAUCAAGCAAGCAUCGUUCGGCACCAUCAAAAAAUGAGCAGCAACGACAGGACAAAAGAAGUUCCGAUGAAAGCUCUACUGAGGAAGCUUAUUCCAGGUCAGUGAGAUCCGGUAAGAAGCGCAGAGAUCGAUCAAGAUCAGUUUCCCCAAGAACAUCACGCCGAUACUGAACACCAUAUUGGCUUUAAUGCCAACUAUGGAACGAGAAGUCAACUAGGAAAACCAGUGAUGUGGAGAAUUAUGAAACAGUAUUGUGUGCAGGAGUAAUGCGAGAUUACUAGACAAAUGAUGGUAGGCCUACUGUACAGCGGUAAAAUUUAUAAUUUGAUAACUUACUGUAUUCCUGAAUUGUUUCUUACAGUACUCUUCCAAACAUUAUUGUCAAUGGAAAUGGAAGUACUGUAUUUUAAUACUAUUACAGAUUAUCUAGAUUAGGCCUACUUAAGCCUUUAAGACGUGUAUUUUGCUGGAUAAAUAUAUACUGUAUUUAAUCUCUUGGACAACACAAAUGCUGAAUAAGUAGGUUAUUUUGAUGCAGUGUAUAAAAUCUCUUGUUAUGACAGAUAUUUGUCUUUUUCAAGAUGAAGUCAUACAAUAGUGCUCGAAUCAGUGGAUGAUGAACAUGUAAAGUUCAGGAGAUUUGCUCAAAAAGGAGUUUUUGUGGGACCAUUGAAACCCCCUGGUUAAAGCCUGGAUUCCCAUCAUAAACAAAUAUUUAGUCUACAAUCUUGUAUUUGUUAGCCAAAUUAAAUGCUUGAAAUCUUACAAAACUGUGUUGUUAUUAUACACAAUAUAAUAGCUGUGUGAUAAAAUGAUAACUCCAUAAUUAUCUUAAACUUAACUGUACUGUAAAAAUAGUUUAUUCCUAGUUUUAAUUUCAUAAUAGCAUUUACUAAGUUUGUGAAUGUAUAGCAUCAUAUCAUUUGGUGUAUUUUAUCACAUUAUGUACAUAGUGUCAUAUUCUUAGGAGAUGGUUUUUUUUUUUACACAAAUUUUACAUGAACAAUCACAUUAGUCAGUCAUAUGUAUUCCUGUUUACAUUGAACAAGAUGUUAACACGCUAAGCAUUGUUGGAUGGCUAAAUCGGGGCACUCACUGUGCACGGCGGUCGUCAGCCGACGCGAUUUCAACAUAACUGGACGAUGCUCAGACGGAUCGUUUUUAAUGAUAUGAUCUGUUUAGAGCAAGGAGGUAUUUCAGAGUGCCACCGAAAAUCAGCAGACAGCGUCGCUUUGCCUAGCAUUCAAAAUGAGCGACGUUGUAUUCGUCGUACAACUGUCGUAAAACGCAGUGAGUGCCCAGCUGACAAGAAAAUGGCCCUGGAAAAAUAGCCCCUGUAAAAAUAGCCCCUGUAAAAAUGGCCCUUGUAAAACUGGCCCCAAAUGACAAGUAAGUAAAAAUGGCCCCGAUGAAAAAAUUCAGUAAUAGAAAUUAUAUUUUUUUUUUCAAUCUUCAAAUAUUUAAAUACUGUAAUAAGCAAGAAUUGAAUCAAUAAAUAAAAAAAUGGCCCUCAAUUAUAAAAUUUAAAAAAAAGUGAAAAUCGUAAAUUUAUAAAUAAAGUUAUAUUUUUUCCUUUGAAACUAAGAUCAAUUUAUGUGCUUUUUUUUUUAUUUCUCUAAAAGUAUUUGUUUUUUAACAAAUGCAGUUACACAACAGAUGCAAAUAACGUACUGAGAGAAUAUCAGAAAGCAAUGGCCAUUAAAUAACAUUAUUAUUUUUUGAUAGAAAUAAAAUUUUAAAAAACGUUAUACCAAAAUAUUCAGCUCAUAGAUAACCACAAAAUUCACUUUUGUUAAGUACCAAAUGAAAUAACUUUACAUGGUAUUGCCCACAAACUUCCCAAAACACACUGUAGAAAUCCCAACAAAUCAAUGGUGAUUGACUCACUUGGUAUAUCAAUGAGAAAAUUAAAUUUCAUAAGAACCUAUUUUUGGAUUAAAAUGUGGAUAUAUUUUUUUGUGAAAAAAAUACUUGUGAACACACCACAAACCUCCAAACACUCUGCGAACCCCAUCCAAACCCUUUAAUUAUGAUUGUAGAACUCUCUUUAAAAAAAAAAUAAUAAUAAUUUGAUGUUCAUAUCAACCCAUUGUUUGUGGGGUUUACCAAUACCUGGAAUGAAUUUCUGGAAAAUUGUGAUCCCUUCAGUAGAAUUGACCACAAAUAAAGUAUUUUAGUAUUAAUAAAUACAUGAUUUAUGUUGAUUUAUUGAUUAUUCUGUUGCUAUUUCUUAACAUUUAAAUGGGAAAAAAAUUAAAAGUGUUAUUCAUGGCAUUUUUUUUUCAUCUUUGAAUAUUUUAUCUUUGAAUAUGUAAUUCCUGCAAAAAGUAAAAUGUAAUUGGCAAUUUAUAUGAUGUUAGAUUCCUUUUAAAAACUAAAUUAUUUCAGUUAAAAAAAAUGCAUAUAACGAUUUAAAAAAAUCAGUUUUAAUGCAGAAUUUUAUUAUUUUGGCCAUUUUUACUGGGGCCAUUUUUUCCUGGGCCAUUUUUGCUGGGGUCAUUCUUACUGUACACCGACAAAAACAGGCAGACAUUUUGACAUAUAGAAUUAGCAUCGUUUAGUUAAGCAGACUAUCAAAUUACAUUUACGUCAGCAAAUGUGUUGGUAUAGCAUGAAUAUCUGUUGAAAAACUAGUGUACACGCUGCAGUCUUGAUUCAGUGUCCGACCAGUUUACCGAAGUUCAGUUUGCACAACGCCAGACUUGCAAAUUCCACUUCACUAAAACCUAGAUUGCCGAAUGCCAGGUUGUCGACUCAAAAAUCAUGAAACCCACUUUGCUAAAUAUCAUCCCACUGUGUUUCAACUGUCUAAUUCUACAGUUAAUAAAGAACAAGUACGUGCAGGCUACUGUGAUAGCUCUAUUUCGGUGUUCAAGGGGUAGAUCCAGGAAUUUCAAAUUGGGUAGCCUAAUAGGUUUCCAUCAUUGAUUUUAAAUUGGCUGAUGUUUCAAGAUUUGUCCGAACGGUCAAAAUCGAAAAAUACAACCUAAGAAAAGCACCUACAAUGUACCAUAUUUUAUAAUAGUCAAAAAAGGAAUACUGUAAUAUGCUUUAAUUUCUACCAAGCUCUACACUGGCUAAUAAUUAACUGUAUAAGCCAGUCACAGUGGCAAUCGUAGAACACGAUGAAUAUAAUAAUAAAUAUGAAUGAAUAUUUUGUAAAAUGCUUGAUCGCUUGUAAAAAAAAAAGAUUUUAAAUGAAUUUUGGCGCCAACAUUUAUGAAUGAUAAAUACUGUACUUACUUCUAUUAGAAGCUUUACAGUGUGAAGUAAAAUAUAUUAUUAUUAUUAUUAUAACUAUAGUAUGUUGUAAGCCAAAUGUAGUACGUGCAUUUUAAUUAUUAGUUUUCUAAAUAACAUGCAAGUUAUUUGUCUGGCCUUCAGCAAUGUGGAUUUUGGUAAUCUGACCUAGAUACACUGAGUCUUAAAAUUCCUACUCAC